AUGUGGGCAACAAGGUAUCAAGUGAGCAGUUCGUGUGUUUCGGAUUGGAACACGCCCCAAAUUAGUAUCUCCCCCCUGAAACACAGUGGACAGGCAGAGCGCCGCGGCUAUAAGCUCAUUAAAAGUGCUGGGAUGGCCGGAGAGGCCGAGGAUGACAUACCUGAAUCAGGAGCAGUCUUCACGUUUGGCAAAAGUAAAUUUGCAGAUAAUGCCCCCAGCAAGUUCUGGUUAAAAAAUGAUAUCCCUUUGAAGGUAGCUUGUGGAGAUGAACACACAGCACUUAUUACAGAGAGUGGGAAAUUGUUCAUGUUUGGAAGUAGUAACUGGGGACAGUUAGGUCUUGGAAUAAAGACCAGUGUGAAUAAACCUACAUGUGUGAAAGCUUUGAAAUCGGAAAAAGUUAAGCUUGUUGCUUGUGGAAGGACGCACACACUUGUUUACACAUCACGCGGUAACCUGUAUGCAGCCGGUGGGAACGAUGAAGGCCAGCUUGGUCUCGGUCACUAUGAGGAAAGAACCUCGUUCCACCUGGUUGACUUCUUCACCAAACUUGGACCAAUCAAAAUGCUUGCUGCUGGCUCCAACACAUCGGCUGCCCUUAUGCAGGAUGGAAAGCUGUAUGUGUGGGGUGAUAACUCGGAAGGCCAGAUUGGUUUGGGUAAGGAGGCUGGUGCUGCGACUCCUCGGGACCUUUCUGUUGGGAGACGAGUGGCCUGGGUUUCCUGUGGCUACUACCACUCUGCCUUUGUCACAGUGGAUGGGGCCUUGUUUACGUUCGGGGAGAGGGACAGCGGAAAGCUUGGACUAUCCCCAGCUCAGCUGCCCAACCACAAAGUGCCUCAGCACGUAGAGGGUAUCUCUGAUAGGGUUCUACAGGUGGCCUGUGGGGGAGGACACACCGUGGCUCUAACUGAGGAUUAUCUAUAUUCAUUUGGCCUGGGUCAGUUUGGCCAACUGGGUCAUGGCACAUUUAUCUUCGAGGCCCGUUUGCCCAGAGAGGUCGAGCACUUCCGCAAGGGGAGGGUGAAACACAUCACAUGUGGAGAGAAUCAUACCGCAGUUAUCACAGAAAGUGGCGUUCUGUACACGUUUGGAGAUGGCCGUCAUGGGAAGCUGGGUCUAGGAGAAGAAAAUUUCACCAAUCAGUUCAGGCCGACACUGUGUCCACGAUUCCUCAAAUAUAAUGUGCAAUCUGUUACAUGUGGUGGAUGUCAUAUGCUGGUACUGGCCAAACCUCGAUUAAAAGGAUCAGAAGACAUUAUCCUAGAGGAUGAUGAUAUCACUGAGGACUACUUUGAAAAGACCUACACAGAACUUCUUGGAGAGACAGUCACUCAGCCCAGUCUGAACAGAAGUCUCUCGGCCCGGGUCAGACGCAGGGAGAGGGAGCGAUCUCCAGACCAGUUUGGGGUGAUGUUCCGCACUCUUCCGCCUCUUAGUUCAGAUUACCUCAGUGCGUCUCUGCCUGUUUCUGGUCAAACCUUGCCCCCACGAUUGCUCCCCAAAGUUACCCCAGAGUUACAAAGCAAGAUGGCAUCCAACGGCUUUCAGAAAAAUGGCCUUCACCACAAACCUGGUAAGGUUACGGAAAAGGAUGAAGUUGAUGGAAAAAGGUCUGGGGUGGAAAGCAGUGAGGACAGUGAAAGUGUGAAGGAUUUGGGAGAUACUACAGACUUUUUAAAUGUAACACAUGUAAUGAAGCUGGACCCUGGUGAGAAGUCUCUAACAUUGUCUCCUAUUCAGAAGGACUAUAGACCCAGAACCAUAGAGCUUAGCGAUGAUGAGACAAAUGGAGAGGAAGAUCAAACAGAGGAUGAGGAGGAAGAUGAUGAUGACGAUGAGGAGGAGGACGAUGAAGAGGAAGAAGAGGAGGAGGAGGAAGAACAUAAGGGAAAAAAUGAUGAAAAGGAAGGAGAUGGAAAAGAACCUCUUGGAAAACUAGAGCAGCAAGAGAUCAAUACACAACCACUACCUCAGCAAAGGGAAGAGGCUUCUGUUCCUGAUGGACCAAUCAAAGAUGGUGGCGCUAAAGACACUGCUAGUCCACUUAUAGAAGAGAAACAACCAACCCAAAAUGAAGCCAAGCAGGAGAAAUCAAGAAGCAUUUUUGGGUCCAACCGCAAGCUCUCUCUGUUCAAGCGGAGGUCUUCCAUCAAAGACAAAGCAGAAGACCCCCUGGAAAGCACUACAUCUGCCAAGACUUCCAGUGAACCCCCUUCGGUCAGGUCAGACAGUGGAGACCCAGAAAAGAGCUCCAGUGUUGAAGACCCCAUUCCCCGGCCCCUCCGGUCCCGCUCAGCCUCCUGCAGCCUGCUGUAACUGCGGGCAGCCUUCGCCUGACCCCUGGAUUCCAGAAGUUCCUUCAGGCCUGAAUGCUGAGAACUCCUAAUCUGAGCAAUAACGGACAGAGAUCAUCCAGAAAUCCAAACCAGGAACACACAGUUUCAGUUAAUAAGGGACAUUAAACUUUUAUCUAUUAUAUUUUAUCUUUCAGGUCCUCUACAAUCUUUGAGCACUUUGAAGGCCUGCUGGAUUUUUAGUUUUUUUUUUUUUUUAGACAAUUUUCCCCCAUCCCCCUACACAGGCAAGAUUGAUAAAAAAAUACAAUUGGUAUAUAUGGACUCAUACAUAAUAUACAGCUCUGGAAAAAAAUAAGAGACCAAAAUGAUGAGUUUCUUUGAUUUUACUAAUUUAAAUACCUCUGGAAUACAAUCAAGAGGAAGAUGGAUCCAAAAGCAGUGUGUAAGACUGGUGGAGGAGAGCAUGCCAAGAUUAAUGACAACUGUGAUUAAAAACCAGGGUUAUUCCACCAAAUAUGGAUUUCUGAACUCUUAAAACUUUAUAAAUAUGAACUGUGUUUUCUUUACAUUAUUUGAGGUCUGAAAGCUCUGCAUCUUUUUUGUAUUUCAGCCAUUUCUCAUUUUCUGCAAAUAAAUGCUCUAAUAACAAUAUUUUUAUUAGGAAUUUGGGAGAAAUGUCCGUAGUUUAUAGAAUAAAACAACAAUGUUUAUUUUACUCAAACAUAUACAUAUAAAUAGCAAAAUCAGAGAAACUGAUUCAGAAACUGAAGUGGUCUCUUAAUUUUUUCCAGAGCUGUAUUUUUAUAUUUAUAUAAACAAUCUAUAUAUAGAUUGUCGAAAUAAUAAAUUGUCGAAAAAAAAAAACCUUAUAAACAGGCUACUAUUGUUAUGUGUCUCCAAUUGACAACUCAAGGCAGCAGCAUCUGGAUGUAGGGAUUAGCAUUGACUGCCAUAAUGUGCCUUGCAAACCUAAACAAACACUACAAAGCUAUUGACAUUUUCAGAGCCAUAUGCACAAUGGGAGCCAUAUGACUUUUGGUACGUCUUUUUACAUUUCAUGAUUUCUGAGUUUUAUCAUGAUGUUUAUUUUAGGUAGUGAUUUUACUGCAUGUGGUGUGUGUCAUACAAUGUAUAUAAGAUGUGUUUAAUAUCUAAAUAUAUACAAUUACUUAUUUAUGCUUAGUCAAGUUUUCUUACAGCACCUUUGCAUGUUUUGCUAGUAGGGUAACCUUAAAACUUUCGAUUUUUCGAUUACCAGCGGACAUUUUAUGUGUUCUUCCACAUAGUGUGUUGAAUGUGUAAAGUAAAGAUUGUACAUUUGAUCUAUA